GUUAUUUAAGCCAUUUCUUCCGAACUCUGCAAGACAGGCUUCUCCAUCUACCUGUGACCUGAAGAACAAACAAAAACCCUGGUUUCCACAUUAAAUUUUAGAUGUCCCACAAAUUACCUACGCAUCAUCUUGUUGCUCUUAAAGAAGGUGGUCGAUAUUGUAGGAUUCUUGCAGCUUUAGUUCCUGUUUGUGCUGAUACAUUGUUCAAGAUACUAUGUAUUCUACGAGAUCUUUGGGUGAUUUUAGGUGUUCUCUGAAUUAAACCCUGAUUCGAAUGAUUUUUUUUCUCUUAUCAAUUGAAUUUCAAGGAGAAAUUUUACGAAGAAGAUUCGUAUUUUCUUGAUGAGAAUUUGGAGGAAUACAGAGCUAAGGGUUUAAUGUUCGUAUAUUUUUUAUGAGAAUUUGGAAGAAUAUAGAGCUAAGGGCCUAAUGUUCGUAUUUUCUUGAUGAGAAGUUGGAGUUGGAGAAUAUAGCUAACAUCUUAAUGUUCUAAUGGUUGUAGACUAUAUCCGGGGAUCACAAUGGCAAGUGAAGUCCCUGGGACUUCAGGUGAAAAGUCCAAGGAAGAUGUUUGUUUUUAUAGAGACAAUAGAGGUCUACUCAACAUUUCUGUACAAACCGGUGAAGAAUUUUCACCCGAAUUUCUCAGGGACCGUGUUGCGGCACAAAAAUGUGGAGGCUGUGACAUGGAUCAUUAUCAGCAGAAGGGGGGAAUGAAUCUUGACAAUGAUCCGCACCUUGUGUAUAUUAGAAAGGGUGGUUCAAUUGAAGCACUUAUACAAAGAUCGCUUUCUAAUGGAAGUAUGUAUGAUCGAGCUACUGAAAGUCCUAGGAGUCCUGGGAAUAAGGUGAAUUCUCCUUUUUCAUACCAGUACUCUUCACCACCUCAUAAAUCAGGCUCUCCUAAAUCACACCAGCUCACAUUUGGAUAUAACUCUGGAGUUAAGGAGGGGUAUCCGCUCUCUGCGAAGAUGAAGUUUCUUUGUAGCUACGGGGGAAGAAUUCUGCCAAGGCCUAAUGAUGGGAAGCUUAGAUAUGCAGGUGGUGACACACGGAUCAUAUCCAUUAGAAAAAGUGUUACUUAUAGGGAACUCAUGCGGAAAACAUUGGCAAUAUGUAAUCAGCCUCAUACUAUUAAAUACCAACUCCCUGGGGAAGAUCUUGAUGCACUUAUUUCUGUAUCGUCUGAUGAGGAUCUGCAUCUUAUGAUUGAUGAAUAUCAUGAUCUUCAGAAGAGCUCCCAAAGGCUGAGGAUCUUUCUUGUAUCUACUAAUGACUCUGAAAACUCUUGUCUUCUUGGUACACGGAAAGUGCAGCAGAGUGAUGCAGAUUAUCAAUAUGUCAUUGCUCUUAAUGGUAUGCAAGACCAAAAUCUUAAUAAAAGCUCAAGCACAGAGAGUCUGUCAAGCUGUUGGGGAGGUAAUAGUCCUAAGUACGAAAGAGAUUCUCCGGCUACAUUUCAUCCAAGGGAGAUUAAGGAUAGUGGGAGUCCCGUUAAAGGGAAUAUGAUGCUCUCCAAUCUUAAUCCUCAGGUUUGCAGUUCACCACGUGUUGGAACCAAACGACUUGUCCAUUCACCUUCAUCUCCUGCGUGCUUGCAGCAGAUGAAAGUUCUUAUUAACAAUUCACCUAUGAAGAUCCAUGAGGUAGGUACAUUAAAAGAUGGUUGUGAAGGCAAUACUCUGUGUGCUUCAAAAAGUAGAGCAAAUGAGAAUAUCUAUUGGCAUCAUCAAGACAGAAAUAUGGGAGGAUCCAGCAACAAGGAUGUUACCCCCCUUAUAGAACUUGAAUCAUUUUCUCCACUAUAUGAUCAAGGUAGAGAUAUGGAAGCUGAAAAACUUAAGUUUAAAAUAUCAGCACCCGGAAAUGUCCCUUAUCAGAAUGCAACUGAUCUAUUAUCUGACUACAGCCUUCCACAGUCUUAUCAUCGCACAAUAUCUCAAUUAGAAUUGCAGCAACAAAAUAGACCAAACUACUACUGCAAGGAGGAGUUAGUGUUGGACAAAGAUUUUAUUAAUUUGGAGGCGUCAGAUACUAGAAAGACAUGUAACGAUUGUGAUCAAGAUUUGAUAAAUUUCAUGACUGACGACGAUUCUCUUUUGGGCCAAAAUCAGAAUACUGCUGAGAGAAAUGCUAGUAAAGGUGAACAAGUAUUUGGAAUUGAACCUAAGUUGUCGAACCGACACUGCAGUACAAACUUAAGAAUUGAUCUUCUCAAGUCAUCACGAGAUGGAUCAUGUAUCAGAAAAAUCUUGGACGACAAUGAUCAGAUUGUGACAAAUCUGUCAGAGCUUAGUCUAGUCAAGGACCCUGUUUUUGCUGAAGUAGCUUAUUCCUAUGAUGAUGUUGUGAAUGAUAGACAACAUGAUGCUGAAAUAAAAGAUUCCACCACAUUAGUUGACUCUGUUCAUUCGAAGGAUCACGAUGAAAGUAAAAUGUCAGGACUGUCAGUUAUUGUUGAAGAUGUAACUGACAACAUGCCUCCUGACAUGUCUUUAACUCCCAGAGUUGUACAAUUUGUACAAGAUGAACCUAGUGAAAGUGAUACAGAAUCAGACCCCCUCAACCUAGACACUAAGUGCAAGGAUCCUACAGGUGUUGAUGUUGGUAAUUCUAUCAGUGAUACCGUGAUAGCUGAAAUGGAGGCAGGCAUUUAUAAUCUUCAGAUCAUAAGGAAUAGUGAUCUCGAAGAGUUACAAGAGUUAGGAUCAGGUACCUAUGGAACAGUCUAUCAUGGGAAAUGGAGGGGUACAGAUGUUGCUAUUAAACGAAUAAAAAAGAGCUGUUUUGCUGGAAGAUCAUCAGAGCAAGAGCGCCUGAUCAAAGAUUUCUGGAGAGAAGCUCACAUCCUGUCUAAACUUCAUCAUCCCAAUGUGGUAGCAUUUUACGGGGUGGUUCCUGAUGGACCUGAGGGUACGUUAGCUACCGUUACUGAGUUCAUGGUCAAUGGAUCUUUGCGACAUGUUCUCUUGAAGAAGGAAAGAGCACUAGACCGUCGUAAAAGGCUUAUGAUAGCAAGGGACGCUGCCUUUGGAAUGGAGUAUUUACAUAUGAAAAAUAUUGUUCAUUUUGAUUUGAAAUGUGAUAACUUGCUCGUCAAUUUGGGAGAUCCUAAACGGCCUAUAUGCAAGGUUGGUGAUUUUGGACUGUCAAGAAUCAAGCGUAACACACUUGUUUCAGGGGGAGUGAGAGGAACUCUCCCAUGGAUGGCUCCAGAGCUACUCGACGGUAGCAGUAGUCGGGUCUCUGAGAAGGUCGACGUCUACUCUUUUGGCAUUGCAAUGUGGGAAAUGCUGGCAGGGGAUGAGCCAUAUGCAAAUAUGCAUUGUGGCGCCAUCAUAGGUGGAAUCGUAAAUAACACACUUAGACCGCCUAUACCGGCACACUGUGAUGCUGAGUGGAGAAAGCUGAUGGAGGAGUGCUGGUCACCUGAUCCAGCAGUUAGACCAUCAUUUACGGAAAUAACAAACAGGUUGCAAGUAAUGUCGAUGGCUGUCCAGCCAAAGCAGCGUAUUAAGGUUAAAAGAUCAAUAAUGUUCUAGUCGGUCUCCCUGUGUAAUUUCCUACUGAAGAGAGAAAGAAAACAAAAGUGAGUAUUAGUGCAAAAGAAAAAUCAUUUAUAUUGUGUAGGUUUUUUAAAAAUAGCUCGUGUAAAAAUUGUUGUAGAAUUAUCAUAGCCUUCUAUUUAGCAAACCAAAA